CUGUAUACGCUCAUAUACCACCAACCACCUAAUAUAUUCACUUCGUUGGAUAUCCCGAUAUCGACACCGACGGCGCAUAUCCGCACCGUGUUUCUAGAGCAUGCCGCGCACGAUCCCACAAUGACGCUCUCGCCCUCUCUCGACGCGCUCAUAACGCGCCUAAACUCGUUCGACGUGCGCACCGUCUUCAUCCGGUUCGGGCAGCAGACGGUCGAAUCUUGCGAUUAUUGCCACAGCCUCGAAGAUUUCGCGAUGAUCGCUUUCCCCAGACCGCUCCUCGAAUACGUCCGCGAGGCGUUCGUCGUGGGGCUCCUCACCACGCGCGGAAGCGGGCACGAAAGCCGACGCUCCCUCUCCAUCGCGUUGCUUAUAUCCCUCGCAAUCGGAGAGGCCUACUGGCUCUACACCGUCCCAAUAUCUCUGCAAGAAAAUAGCGACAUCGUGUUCAUGUGGCACGAUCUCCUCUGGAUCCUCCGCCACAUCCUAUUCCUCACCCUCCUGCCCGUCCUGCACCUCCUCCCGAUAAACGCCUCCUCGCCGCCGCUGAGCGCGAGCCUCCGCGUCGCUUCGACCACGACCGACAUGGCCCACGCACGCACGCGUCUGUUGCGCUACACGCGCGGCGCGGCGCUCCGCGACCCAAAUCUGCGCGGGCGCGCGCUCGCGUACUGGAGGAACGAGAAGCGGGUGGGCGAUUGGGUCCGGGGGGACGAGGCGGUGCGGAAGGCUGCGGACGAGAUGAAGCUCGGGUUCAGAGAGAAGGGAGAG